AUGGUCAACGAAAUCGACCUCGCUCGCACUGCGAGCCACGUCUCUUCCGACGCCGAGAAGAGCUCUGACAAAGAAUCCAAGGAGGGUUACAACUCCGGCGUCGCCGAGCUUCACAACGUCGAGAAGAACCUCAAGACCGACUUCCUCGACCACCGCAUCAACGACCCUAACAUGUCCGGGGAGAAGAUUGACGCUAUAGAGCGCGUCAUCGAGCAGGGCGACUACAAGGCCGAGGUCCAGAUCGAGGAGGAGCUCGAGGAGGACUCGCCCUACCCCGAAGUGCGAGCCGCCGUCUCCAACGUCGACGAUCCGACAAUGCCCGUUAUGACCUUCCGUACCUGGGUUUUGGGAAUGUUCUUCACCAUCCUCAUCCCCGGUGUCAACCAGCUCCUCAGCUACCGAUACCCCACCGUCACUAUUACCUCGUUCGUCGCCCAGCUGCUCGCAUACCCCAUGGGUGUCAUCAUGGCCAAGGUUCUCCCCUCCAAGGUCUUCAAGACUCCCCUCGGCAGCUUUACCCUCAACCCCGGUCCCUUCAACGUCAAGGAACACACCGUUAUAACCGUUAUGGCGAAUGUCACAUACCAGCGUGCGUACGCUACCAACGUCUCUGCCGUCCAGAACAUCUUCUACCACUUUGACUGGGGCUUUGGCUACAUCAUCCUCCUCACGCUGAGCUCUCAGCUUAUCGGUUUCUCCAUGGCCGGUUUCUUCCGUCGAUGGCUCGUCUGGCCUGCUGCCAUGAUCUGGCCUACCAACCUCGGUAACACGGCGCUCUUCACCGCCCUUCACCGACAGGUUGACACGGGUGAGAACCACAUGUCGCGAUACAAGUUCUUUAUGAUCGCUUGCGCAGGUGCCUUCUCCUUCUACUUCCUCCCUGGCUACCUCUUCGCCCUCAUGUCCGUCGGCAACUGGUUCUGCCUCAUCGCUCCCAACAACGUUCCCCUCAACCAGAUGCUCGGCACCCAGCAGGGUCUUGGUCUCAUUCCCAUCACCUUUGACUGGAACCAGUACUCGUACAACGGUAACCCCAUCUACACUCCCUGGUGGGCCCAGGCCAACGUCCUUGGUGGAUUCUUGUUCUGCUACUGCUUCAUCGCCCCCAUCCUCUACUACAAGAACGUGUGGAACUUCGGCUACUUGCCCUUCUCCACCAGCGGUGUCUACGACCGAUUUGGCAACAGGUUCAAGACCGCCAAGGUCACCACGCCCGACAAGCUUCACUUCUACGCCGACGGCUACAACGCCUACUCUGAGCAGUACUUCUCGGUCACCUACGCCGUCUCGUUUGCUCUCUCGUUUGCCGCCAUCACGGCCGUCAUUGUCCACGUCGCUCUCUUCCACGGCAAGCAGAUCUACAAGCAAUUCACCACCUCGAUUCACGAGGAGCGCGACGUCCACGCCCGACUUAUGCAGAAGUACCCAGAGGUGCCCAAGCUCUGGUACACCAUCCUCUUCCUCAUCUGCUUCGGCAUGGGUAUUGGAUGCACUGCUGGCUUUGCCACUGGCCUCCCCGUCUGGGCCUUCAUCAUCUCGCUUGUCAUCGGCGCCUUCUUCAUGCUGCCCGUGGGCAUCGUCUACGCCAUCUCCAACGUUGAGGUCGGUCUCAACAUCAUCUCCGAGUUCAUCAUCGGCUACAUGCACCCUGGUUCGGCUACGGGCAUGAUGAUGUUCAAGGUUUUCUGUUACAUGGCUGUCUACCAGGGUCUGUCCUUCACUGCCGACAUGAAGCUUGGUCACUACAUGAAGAUCCCUCCCCGCGAUAUGUUCGUCGCCCAGUGCUCCGCUAUCAUCGUCUCGUCUUUUGUCGUCAUCGGUGUCCAAAACUGGGUCUUCUCCAACAUCAACAACGUCUGCACCCCCGAGGCGGCCGACAACUUUACCUGCAACUACCUGCUCGUCUUCGGCACUGCCUCGCAGAUCUGGGGUCUCAUCGGUCCCGCUGCCGUCUUCUCGCCCGGCAAGCAGUACGGCAAGCUGUUGUGGAUGUUCAUGGUCGGUGCCAUCUUCCCCGUCAUUAUCUGGGCGCUCACCAGGCGAUUCCCCCGCUCGUUCCUGCGCAAGGUCAACACGCCCGUCAUCUUCACUGGUACGGGUCUCAUGCCUCCUGCGACGGGUAUCAACUUCACCUCCUGGGCGCUCUGCGGUUUCGUCUUCAACUACCUCGUCAAGAAGUACCGCACCGGCUGGUGGACACGCUACAACUACGUCCUUGGUGCCGCGCUCGACACGGGCACAGCCAUCUCGGCCGUCGUUAUCUUCUUCUGCCUCAUCUUCCCCUCGGGCUCGCAGUCCGACUUUGCCUCCAGCGGCUGGUGGGGCAACACCGCGCCUUACAACACGGCCGACGGCAACCUCACGCCCUACCUGUCGCUCCCGGACGGUGGCUCCUUCGCCCCCGCUCCUGCCGACUUCAGGCCCUACUACGGCCACUAG